AAAAAUUGUUUUUUCAUUGAUUUUCUGAUGUUAUCCAAAAAUUGUAACUAUUUGAUUUCAUCCUUAAAAAAUAAUAAUAUUGGUAACAAUAAUAGUAGUAAUAAUAGCAGUGAUAAUAGUAGUAGUAGUAGUAAUAAUGAUGACAAUAGUAAUAAUAAUAAUAAUAAUAAUAAUAGUAAUGAUAAUAGUAGUGAUAAUAAAAGCAGUAAUGAUAGUGGUAGUAGUAGUAAUAAUAAUAAUGGUAGUAAUAAUAGUAAUAAUAAUAGUGGUAAUAAUAAUGAUAAUAAUAUUAUGUUUGUAUAUAAAACAAAAUCUUUAACAGAUUCAUAAUCCUUUUUAUUAAUGAAUACACUUUUAUUGUAAAUAUUAAAUCGAAUAAAACGAAAACUGGGGUAAAUAUCAAAUGGGAAAAACGAGAACAUAAUGGAAAAAGAAAAAAGAAAGAAAAUCACGAAUGAUAUAAACA